AUGUCGGCCUCGUCGCGCAGCCAGAGCUCCUCCCCCGAUAUUCUGGGUCCUCCAGGCGAUGCCCAAUACUUGAUCUCAUCGCCGAUCAAACCUUUUACAGGGCGCCAAAGCUGGAUGUCUCCCAUGAUAGCGAAAUCACGAACUCCGGCCAAGCGACCGCGACCGCGACCGCGUGUCAGCCUCAGUCCCGCAAAAAGCGCGCAUUCAAUUCAAUUCAACGAUGUCCUACUCCCUGGGUCGCCAACAAUAAAGUUUAAUGGUGGUCGACAAAGGUCGCUCUCUCCGGAGAAGCUCCAGGAGGGAAAUGUCAGCCCGUGGCGCAUCCGACUCACGCUCGAAGCCACGCAAGACGAAGAUGACGAGAACCGGGGUAGCCCGUCGCGCAAACGAUUAAAACCCUCGACCACCACGACGAUGAUACCAUUGAAGGAUGAAAGGAGUCCAUUGAAGGAGAAGACGCCCUUAAAGCGACGAGGACGUCCACGAAAGUCUGACAUGAAUGUGUCCCCAUUUCUCGGGGCCGCUGGGCAGACCCCUCGCCCUGGAAAUACACCAGGGCCGGGAAAUACCCCUGGACCGGGGCAUACUCCUGGGCUGCAACCACGCAAAAGAGGCCGACCACGGGGCACGCCCAAACCCAAACCACAGGAUUUCCAGCUGUCGGAUGAUCAACCAACGCCGACUGUCGAAUAUGACCAACCCUUUAGUCCGAUGGAUAUUAUUCCCAAUAGUGAUUCCCGUCAAGCCCAGCAAUUCAGCCCAAUGGACACCAUGACCAAUGAAGCUGGUCUAGGCCAACACGAACACAGCCCAAUGGAUACUAUAGCUAGUGAGGCUAGUUUAGGCCACCAACGAUCUAGCCCCACUGAUGCCCUCGCCAGUGAUCCUGGACUAGAACAACAACAAUUCAGUCCGACGGAUUCUUUCGCUGGGAGUAAUGCGCACGCCAGCCCCUUGAAUCUUGUAGGGGAUGCGGACUCCGAAGAUGACUCUUGGGGGAACUCAGAUAUGUCAAUUGCAGAGCUUCCAGACCCAACAGAACCCAUCACGGAAGAUCUGGCCAAUCCUCGCCGUGAGUACGGCCGAACGAGUUUGGAGACGCCUGUCAUCGGAGCUACGGAACAUCACUUUUUGGAUGAUGAAAAUAUCCACUCUACCCCUUCUAAAAUGCCAUCACCCACACGCGAGAGAGCAAUUUUGUCAUCGAGAGCUUCUUCUCACAAUACCGCUAGCCCGCAAUCGCGCACAUAUCCGACUCCGACACCCACGUCUUCGCUGGUCGAUGAAGAAAACCAAACCCAACAAGUCAACGAGGAUCAUCCCUCAAGGACAGUGACCCAUCAUGCUGAACCUGAUCCCGUUGAAGAUCCCGCAGACGAGUACGACGAAUUCGACACUAUCAUGGAAAGUGAAGGAUUCACUAUGAUUUCCCUCGAUACACUCCCAUCAGCUAAGCAGCAUGGAUUCGGCUCCAGCGCUGUGACGAACGGUGGUACUAAACCAAAGGAAGUUGGAGAACGGCUGAGACGCAAACUUCCCGGGACGAUCGAAGACCUCCGAGGUGAUUCUCGUGCUCAAAAGUCAUCUAGUCCAAUCACUUCGGCCUUGGCUCCUAGGUUGGACGACAAUCCCAGCACCCAUAUUCCGGAGAAGUACACUGUACAUGCAGCUGAGCGGCAAUCCGUUAACCAUGUGAACGAGAUCCCCUACCCUGAACUCCCUGCCGCAUCAUCUCCGGCUAAACCAACAAUUGUUCCAAAGAAGAGAACAUUGACUAGUUUGGCCAAACUUGUUCGUCUAAGCCUGGCUCUCCAAGGUCCCUUCAGGCCCCAAGCAGACGAGUGGUCAGGAAAAAGUAAUGCUCGUCACAAAAAACGCCGGUUGGAGGGCGUUUUCGGCACUUUCAACGCUGAAACGCAGCGAGAACUCCGAGUGGCUAUGGGUUUAGGACAGGAGCUUGCUAUGCGUCGAAUGCUCGCCGAGGAAGAUGAGGCUGCGGCUAUAGCAGCAGAAAAUACAGCAUCUCGCCUUGAAGAGGAACGUCUCGAGGAGGAACAGGAAGAACAGGACGCGCGUCACUAUAACGACUUCAAUGAUGAAGAAUUAGAAGGGCAGGAGCACGAUCGACCCUUUGAAGAUGAGAUCGAGAAGCGCGCAGAAUACGCCCAAUCAUCAACUUUCAAGUUCAAUAAAUCCAUGCAGCAAAGCCCCAUGUCCCACCAAAAGGUACAGCGGGAGGCACAAUGGCAGCUUGAACGAGAAGAAGUCAGCCGCCAAGCUCAGAUGGCUUCAAACUCACGAUCGGUGGUGUAUAUUGAUAGCGACGAGAAUGUUGCCGAGGAUGAUAGUGACAUCAAAUUUGAGCAUGAACAACGAUUUGGAUCUGAGACCGGAUAUGGGUUCGAUGAAGAGCACAAUGAUCCUGCGCCUGGGCCCAUACCAGAACCAGCGCCAUAUGUAGCCCAAGAAAUUGAACCCGAGCCCGAACCCGAGCCCGUGGAAGAUGAGGACGAUGGUUAUGACGACAUUUGGCAACUUGAGGCCAACGACCACAGCCAUGUUUCACAAAACUCGGAGCAUGAUGAUGUCCAGUCUCAUCCGCAGCCGGUUGCACGCCCUUUGGGCAACCUUGCUCCAAUUUCCGCAGGUCAAGACUACCUGAGCUCAUCUCCUUACGCUACUUCGGAGCAUGAUUAUGUAGCGCGCUUUGGGCCGUCCAAAGUUCGCGAGCUCCGCGAAGAAAAAGUUGAUUUGUCUGCUUUGCUUGCAGAAGAGGAUACACCAAACCGCGCACGGUAUUACAAUGGAACGAGUACUCCUCGGAGUGUGCUGACCCGCCCAUUGGGGAGACAUAAUCCAUUCAUUAACAACUCUCCCAUGAAGGACCCAGUAUCGCGCACUCCAGCGCGUAUUCGUUUACAACCUCUCUCCCAGUCAAGCCCCGAUGUUCCCAACCCACGGGUCCCCAAUGAGAAGAAGUCCCCGAAGGUUGUGCAAAGAAGCCCACCUAUGCAAGAACCAUUGGAAGAAGACCAUCAUGGCAGCAGCGUUUCCAAUGCCUCUCUCAAUCAAUCGAAAUCUGCCAACGUGGAUUCUGCCUCCACCCCACAGCCUCGCCAGCUCAAUAAGGAGGAACCAGGAUCAUCCUGGUUCAGUAAAAUAACCAGUUUCACCCCGCAAUGGCUGAAAGCCCCUACACGUGACCGAAGCUCAAGUGUUAGUACUAUUCCGGAGGAAGCAUCUGACCUCGAAGAUGAAGAGGAAAUGGCCAGCAUUGAAUCUGCGAAGGAGCUUGACGGACAUUUCCAGGAUGGGCCGCUCUCCAAUCAAGCGAGCCAAUCACCCGCGAGUCAUUGGAGACAGCCAUCACCAUCUCAGUCUCCCCAGAUACAACAAGAUCCUCUUCCUACACUGGAAGAAGAGGAGGACCCGAUACACGAGAGGAGCGUUUCCCGAGACCCCUUGGAAGAAGAGGAGGUGCCGGUUUCUGAGCGGAGUGUCUCGCAAGAUCUCUUGGAGAACGAAGCUGCAGAGCCAGUGAACCCCCAAAAUGGGGCGUCUCCAGGGCCACGACCACUUGCUGUCUUCGGAUACUUUUCCGACGAGCAUUACGCCGCGCUUCGUCGUAUCUACCGAGUUGCCAAGCGAUACCCCGAACACUUUGAAUACUACGAUGCUCCAGGGCGGGCUGCCAUCAUCGGUGAUUGGAUAUGGACCUCCGAUGGUCAUCACGGGGUGCCCAUCACAGAGAUCCAAUUUGCCAUUAUCGAUCGCUUCGCCCAGGAACUUGCUCGGGCCGAUAUCCAAUAUGGUGGCAGCGGACAGAUCGAUUGGACAGAAGCUGAUCUGCAUCGGAGACUCAUUAGCAUCAUUAUUGGCGAGCAGAUCCGAGAGGAAAGAAAGGCCAAGGCCAACCGGGGUACUUCUGUGGAUACAUGGCGAUGA